GCGACGGCGGGGAUUCCAUUCUGGAGGACUGUAUUUACAAUCAGAAAUCAUGAAGCUCUCCAUUGUCAUGUUGCUGCUCUUGGUCGCCCUGGUGAGGACUGACACCUCCUAUCAGAACUUUGAGUCCUACGAGAGCAGUCACGACCUGUCCAGCGCCUCGUCCAACUACUACGAGCAUUCCCAGCCGAACCGGAGGAUCAGCACCGGUCUCACUGGGUAUCUUCGACAGUAUUUGAAUCCUAUUCGUCGUCAAGGAUUCCAGGGAGUUAUACCUUAUCUCUGGCCUUUGGGACUGCUGUGCAUCGUCAUCUUUCUUGCCCUCAUCGGCUACGGCUAUUACUCUGCACUGUACAACUCGUCGGGCCGUGGCCUGGACACGGACGAGUGGGAGGUGGACCACUCGGUCUGGAUGAGCCAGCUCCAGAAGGACUUCGAGGAUUCGUGGUCCGAGCACUGAAUGACUGCGCAGUCAGUCGCGCCAGUUUUGUUAUGUUUAUCAGCUGCGUCGGUUCGUUAUUUUGUGCUUUGAUGCUUUGACUUGUUGUAGUGUUAUUUAUUACUCCUGUGUGUU